AUGUGCACCACCAAGCGGUAUCUGUUCCUCUGCUGUCACCCCGCCACACAUCGCUUCCGCAACACCCUGUGCGACUCACCCAGCGUUCGUGGAUGUCAGGUCCGAGACUUCAACAUCAUCCUUGGACACCCGUGCAAAAAGUGCAGCGACCACGGUCUAGCCUCAAUGCACAUGGACCUCGGUGCAGAACAAGAAUCUGGCGCUGAUGAUGUUUGGUAUAUCCCCACCAGAUGUUUCGUCGACGCCGGGUUUCGCACACUGGACCCUUUCAAGAAAGCCGAGACCUCAGAACCCUCAACGCCAACCUCACAGUCCACCAGACAUUCAGUGGACGAGGACCCCUUGACACCGCCACUGACUCCGACCAAGAUCAAGGCCAGCGACCCAAACUUUUGCAGAAGACUCCUUCGUCGACUGACGUUGAAGAAGCUUAGCCCCUGUUGUACUCUCGAGACCCAGUACGGGGGAUACGAAGCCACGAGGAUUGAAGGACUGGAUAACCGCGUUGAUGGAGUCAUCAGGGACAGUUUUUGCGAAUCGCAGUUUUGA